AUGCCUGAUCGAAAAGGGUGCGCUCAAGGAGCUGAGCUUCGAGUACAUCGUCAUCGACGAGGCCCGCCGUAUCAAAAGGAUGAGGGAGCGGAGGAUGCGCAUGACGAGAAGAGCAAGAAGGUCGUCGAGGCGCUGCAUAAGAUCUUGCGGCCAUUCUUAUUGCAGUCGUGUCAAGGCCGACGUCGAGAAGAGCUUGUUGCCGACGAAGAAUAUCAAUAUCAUCAUCCCGCUCGCCGAGAUGCAGCGCAAGUGGUACCGCUCCGUGCUCGAGUAGGACAUCGACGCCGUCAACGGUCUCACCAGCAAGAAAGAGGGCAAGACGCGCCUUAUCAACAUGGUCAUGCAACUCCGCAAUCACCUGCCACCCCUACAUCUUCGAUGGCACCGAGCCCGGUCCGCGGUCCGCCGUACACCACCGACGAGUACCUGGUCGAGAACGCCGGCAAGUUGGUUGUCCUCGACAAGCUCCUGCGCAGGAUGAAGGAGAAGGGCUCGCGCGUGCUCAUCUUCAGCCAGAUGAGCCGUAUGCUCGAUAUUCUAGAGGACUGUUGCUUGUUCCGAGAGUACAAAUACUCCGGAUCGACGGUGCCGGAUAGCGAGAAGUUCAUCUUCCUGCUUACGACGCGUGCUGGUGGUCUCGGUGUCAACCCUACAACGGCCGACAUUGUUGUACUGUACGACGGCGACUGGAAUCCUCAGGAGGAUGUGCAGGUCAUGGACCACGCUUACCGUAUCGUGUUGGAGCGUGCCGCUCAGAAGUUACGUCUCGACCAGCUGGUCAUCCAGCAAGGUCGCCAGACGGCUCAAAAGCAGGCAAACAAGGAGGAGCUGAACUCGCCCUGCUAG